GUGCCUGGGUGACUCAGUGGUUAAGCGUCCGACUUUGGCUCAGGUCAUGAUCUCAUGGCUUGUAGGUUCGAGCCCCGUGUUGGGCUCUUGUGCUGACAGCUCAGAGCCUGGAGCCUGCUUCAGAUUCUGUCUCCCUCCCCUCUGCCUCUCCCCUGCUCAUGCACUGUCUCUCUCCUCUAUCUCUCAAAUAUAAAUAAAUAUUUUAAAAAAUUAUUAAAAAAGAAAGAAAGAAAAUAGCUGUUAAAAUCCUCUAUGGAGAGUGAAGAAGAGACGAUUGAGCCCCAAGAUACAACUGGUCACUAGUUUUUAUUUUUUUCUUCUAGGGAGUGAGGUCAGUGUCUCAAGCCAUCUGAGGGAGAGGAACCCAAGCUUCUCAAGUGGGUCCAGUGGGAGAACUUGUUUCUACAUGCUCAGGAAUAAUAGAAGGGAGAAAUUAGAGGAAAAGAAAGACAACGGAAUCAGCUGGUUGUGCCACUUUUUAUACGGUAUUCCAUUUGACUAUUAAAGCUGCCCUGUGAAGAUUGUGGGCUCAUUAUAGAAUAAUAGAAGUAAUACAUAGUAAUGUAAUUCUUGCUAUUGUUUUUUUUUACAGAUGAUAAAUAACCCCACAGAAAUGUUCUGUAACUUUCUCAAGUUUAUACCCAGGGUCUAAAACAAGAGAAUUCUAAUUACAAAGCCUGUAUUCUCUGCACUUUGCCAAAAAGCAUUUAUAUAUAAGAAACAGAAAAACAAAUACUGUUGAUAGGUGAAAAACAGUGAGAUCUCACAAUGUCAAAUAUUCUAUUAAAUGAUGGAGUUUUGUAGGAUAUGAAGCUUACAAAAAAAAAAAAAAAAAAAAAAAAAGACGGAAUUAUGCCCAGGGCCUUGCAAAGGGCUUUGCAAACAAGGGUAUUACAGGUUCAGCUUCAUUAGCUACCUUUAAAAUCUGACUGUGGUUCCACCCCUUUUGAACCACGAGUUGAUCUCUGUAUCUUUUGAAAAAUACAAGCUAGGAAGCUUUUCUUGCACUGAUGGGUGCAAGAAAAAGAGUCUUAGGGUCACUGUUACACAGUUCUUGUAUCCAAGAACUUGCUCAACAAUUGAACUUGUUCUGUUACUAGGGACAGGUUUUACAGGUAGUUUAUCUUUGAAGGUUUGCUAGGAGCAUACAUCAAGUUUAAACUUAAACUUGAGAGGCACAUCACUGAGACUAUUAUAUGACAACAGGGGGAAUUUGAUAACAAAUUUAUUAAGUGUUUCCACAAUGAAAAUACUAAAGCCUUGCUCUGUGACUUAGAAAGUACCCAUAUACUUUUGUGGGAGAGCAAUAACACAAUUGUGUUCUGGGGAACAUUUCAGCCCAUGUCACAGCCACCAGAUACAGAGGUAGAAUGAUCUGUUCAGGCCUACAUUUGAGCUAUUUGUCUCAAUUUUCAGAAGAAUGUAACUCUCAUUUUUAACUGAGUUGAUUGUUUGGAUCUUCAAGAGAAAGUGCUGCUCUCAGUCCUCAUCAAGAGCUAGAACCUCUAACUCCAUGUGGAUUAAGAACUAGAAACAGAAACUCAGUUGAAAGAACUAAAUAUGGUGGGUUUUACCAGAUCAGAUGAUCUAUCCUGUCUUUUUGUAACCUAAGAUGUAUUUUUGUAUCUGGUUAAGGCGUCAGAUAGCUGCUUAGCUGGAUCUGCUACUUUCCAUCUGAUUUGACCCCAUUGACCUUGGGCAAAAUGCCAUCAGGACACAUUAAGAAAGAGUUCCAUGAAAGAGACCCCAGUGCUGAAUACAGGAUAAAAGACAGGGUGAGGAUACUGUUCCCAGCAGUCCUGGUGAGGCUGGUGCUUCUGCCAAGUGGUUUAUUUGUAUGGUAUGGUCACUGUGAGGCUUGUAACUAACAAUGUAUUCCCUGCUGUGAUCUCUUUGAGAAAGUGAGAGCCAAAUUUGUGGCUGAUGCUAGCAAUAAAUGGAACUUAAAGCAUGAUGUUCAUAGUUAUUUAUUUUGGGUUUCCUACUAACUCUCUGCAACUGUCACCCAAAUCACUUUUUUUUUUUUACUUUCUCACUGAAGAAUAAUAUACACUUGCUUGUUGUUUAAACACACCAUGUUUUUUGAGUAUUUGUAAGCAUUUUCAAAUUGUUUUUAAACCAAAGAAAGGUAUAUGUGUGUGUGGUUGUGUGUGUGUGCAUCCUUAAAAUGAAUAUAAUGAAAACGAAUAUUCAAGUUAAAAAUAUAUCUACUGAUCAUCAGUUAUAUGCUUAGGUCAUUAUUAAAAGAUUCCUGAUUUACAAUGAAUAUUUAUCAGAAGCCUGUAAUACUCCCUUAAGCACUUCGAUAUCCAUGGAGUAUCCCCUGAACUUUCAAAAGAUCCCUUACCUGUGUUUUUGGAUGUUGGUUGUGCUCUGUGUGGUGGAAGAAGAGAUGCUGUGAGACCGAAGUAAAGUCAGGAUAUAGAGGGCUGACCCUACCUAUGGAUUUGGUUCUCUCUUGCCUUGGCCUAAAAGUCAUAUUCAAAGACUCUUUGUUUCGUAGGAGGUAUGAUACAGGAGGAGCAUGAGGUUAGGGCCACUUUAUUUCACUCUCAUUGAGUUAAAACGUUUAUCAUUUUUUGCUUUGAGGUCUUAAAAUCUAUACUACUAUUACUUUUGACAUUACAUAGCACCAAAACUUAAAAGGAUCUCAUUUUUAAGUCAUAGCAUCCAUCAAAAUAGGUAGAACUAUUUUUAUACCCUCCUUUUUUUCCCUAUAGAGUUCAAAUUAGGAGAUGACAAUUUGAGUCCUGAACUGGCCAGUGAUGAACCUGCUACUUUGAGCAGCUCAUUUUAGUCUCUUGCUGCUCAUAUUUAUCAUCUGUAAAAUGAACAUCCUUUAUCUAAAAUAGUACUUUUCCUUUCUUCAUGGUAACUUACAAAUACAGUUAUUUCUUUGGGUCUGAAGGCUAAGGGUUGCCAACUCUAUGAACCAGGACUGGCUAUGUAAGUGCAGUGCCCAGUCCAGAAUAAAAAUAGGAAGACUCUUGCUCAAAACAUAUUAUAUAUUUUAAGAUUUAAAUAGCAGAGCUUCUGUUAAGCAUGAAGACCUCCUGAGAGUGGGGCUCUGUGUGGCCACACAGGUCACAUACUCAUGAUGUGGGUCCUGCUGUGAACUUGGUGAAGGUCUCGGGGAUUAAAAUAAAGGCUUGAUGCUACUCUCCAGCAACAAACCCAGGGCAUAGUCUCAGGUCUCACUUCCACUGGAAGGGAAGGUCUGACCAAUGGGUAGGAAUCACAGAGUAGAGUUCCAAAGCUUGUUCUCCAGAGUCUGAUAUCCCUGUGUUCAACCAUUAGCCCUGGUGCUUAGUACCUGCCUAAUAUUGGGCAAAUAAACUCUGUGAGCCUCUAUUUCCCUACCUUUAUAUUUUUUUAAUUUUUUAUGUUCAUUUAUUUUUGAGAGAGAGAAUGUGUGUGAGCUUGGGGGACAGAGAGAGAGGGGACACAGAAUCCAAAGCAGGCUCCAGGUUCUGAGCUGUCAGCACAGAGCCCGACAUGGGGCUCAAACUCAUGAACUAUGAGGUCAUGACCUGAGCCAAAGUCGGAUGCUCAACCAACUAAGCCACCCAGGCACCGCAUGAAAAUAUUUUUAAUACCACAUAGUCCAAGAGUUAAAUACAGAACAAAACAUGGAAACAUGUAAAGGAGAUCUGAGGUGUUCAAGGAAUAGUUAGAAAAUACUUUGAACCUACUAAGUGGCUACAAGUAGCAAUUUUCACUAUAUAAUAGCUACUAUAAGCACUUCACAGGAACAUGUUAUAUUUUACUUUCUUUGGUAUGAGCAUAACUUCAUAUUUUUACAGUGUUAUAUUAGUUUCAGGUGUACAGUAAAGUAUUUAAACAAUUCUUGCCUGUGCUCGUCAUGACAAGGGCACUCCUAAAUCCCCAUCACCUGUUUAACCCAACAAAGAAACACAUUUUAAAGAAAUUACUCUUUUAGGGGCACUUGGAUGGCUCAGUCAGUUAAGCAUCCGACUGUUGAUUUCAGCUCAGGUCAUGAUCUCACAGUUCGUGGAAUUGAGCCCUACAUCAAGCUCUACACUGACAGUGCAGAGACAGCCUGGGAUUCUCUCUCACCCUCUCUCUCUGCCCCUCCCCUGCAUGUGCACACACUCUAUCUCUCAAAAAUAAAUAAACAUUGAAAAAUGAAGGAAUAAUUCCUUUAAAUGAUAUUGCUUCCCUGGCUACUCUUUUGCAAAUGUUCCUCUCUGCCCCCCAAAAUUUUCUGGGAUCUUUUGCUAAGGUGUACAGUUGGCAAAUAGUCCCAGGUGCUUAAGGCCUAGUUUAAAUAGUAAAAUAAAUGUAAAGCAAAACUUUGUGCAUUGGCUUCUUAAGAAAAGAAUAAUGCAUCAUGUAAAUCAGAAUAAGUGUGUUGUAAAAGGCAUGUUUGACAAGAAUAUGUCCCCAAUUAAGUGAGUAGUAGACUGCUCUUUUCCCACUUACUCAUUCUAGCCAAGAUUGACUCAUGCUUCUUUAGACAAAAUUUUUUUUAAAAAAAUCCCCUUUUAAGAAAGCAAUUGCCAUUGAGUAUGACAUUUAAUUGUAAGAAAACACAGGGGAAUGAUAAAUAUGGCAAGUGCUAUUUGCACCUGUGUAAACAAGCACUGACCUCAACAUGUCACCAUCAUGGUCAUUUUAGUCAAAGGCUUUUCCUGUACACCACCUCUCCUCCCUGUAUUCAUAGAACAAACUCAUAGGGUGAAGCCCUGUAAGACAUGGGGUGUGUGUGUGUGUGUGUGUGUGUGUGUAAACAAAAAGAUUGAGAGAAGGAAGAUUUGUUGGAGGAUAGUGGGAACAGGCAGAGAAUAAGGAGAAAUCUAUUUGGAAAGAAUUUAGCAUGGUGGUUUUUAGAAUGUAGUUCUCGAAAUGUGCCCCUCUCUCCCAACCCAGAGCCACAGCAUCACAUCACUUGGCCACUUUGUUAGAAAUGCAAAUUCUCAGGUGCCUCCCCAGCCCUUCUGGAUCAGAAAUAUAGGGUAGGUCCAGCAAAUUGUGUUUGAUCAAACCUUCCAGGUGAUUCUGGUACCACUGAGGUAUAGAACCACUGGUUUAAAGGACAGCGAAGAUUUACUUGAGCAUUUGGAGAAGAGGGCUACCUCACAAAGAAUUCCAGCUAAUGACCACCUUGUGCCUUUGUUUCUGAAAUGUUAUGAUCCUCCAGGACCAUAGGUGCAUAAGUCACCAUUCUGAUUCUUAGGUUGUUGAGGACUUUUAACUGCAUUAUUCUAGGUUAUUAACUAUUUUCUACACUAAGGGUUGUUAGCUUUGAAGGAAUCCUGGAUAUAAAUUGUUCCUUUCUGCUCUUUCCUCUACAAGAAAUUAAGGGGUCUAGGGAGCUUUCUGUCUACAUUGAUUUUCCAUUUAAAAUGUACUUUAUCUUUUUAAAAAAUACUUGUUCAUGUAAGGAUUUUUUUUCUCAUUUUAAUUUGAUUUGCUCAAUGUUGCUCAAGGAUGUGUACUUCGUUUUCUAUUCUAAAGUUUUGGCUACCUAUGGUGUGCCAAGGACUUUAGUUUUUGACACUGUAUUUGGUAAAAUCAACCAGAGAAUUUUGAAGAUCUGCCAGGAAACUUGAGACUUCAGUUUAAAUUGCAUAUUGCGCAGUUUGGCUUUUCACCCCAACUUUCCAUGCAGUUUUGCCUAUCAGGGGAAAAAUUGUUAUUUCACCAUUUGAAUUUUUUAAGUAUGCCACAUUAUGAGAUAAUUUUUGCAUUUGUUUAUCCACUAUGUUUGGAAAACAUGUUUUCCCCCUUCUUUUCUUUCCUUUCCCUGCCCUUUCCUCUUCUUUCUUCAUUUAAUUUUGUUCAUUAUUUUCUUGAUACCAGAAACGGCUUUUGAUUCCUUUCAAAAAUAGAACGAAUUUCUUUGAAAUAAAAUGUCAGGAACUUGAAAGAAGAGUAUGACAAACAUAGUUAAAGGUGAAGGAGAUGUGGUUAAUGCCUAAAGGAGAAGAAGAAGUAAAAGUUUAGCAUGACUAGCAGUUUGAAUUAGAAAGUGGGAUAGUCUGAGAAUGUAGUAGUGGGAACCUCGAGUCUGAGAAGGGGCGUAUGCAUCCUGGGUCACGGAAUUUAUGGAGUAGCAGUAAUGUGAAUGAAGAAUUAUGUCAGGGUCAGUUACUCACCAGCUGUUUGACCUCGUAGGCCAGUUAUGUUCCGUUGCUGAGAUUCAUUUUUGUACUCUAAAAUCUUACUGAAGAUAUUUAUUUUUCAGUGUUGUCAUGGGACAAAGAGAUAACAUGUAUGUGAAGAAGGGUGGGAAAAUGUUAACCAAUGAAAGAGCCCAUUUUUGGUCAGGAAGGAUUUCACGAAGUAAGUCUGAGGGAAAUUUAUGUGACAUGGAAGAUCAAAAAUCCUCAAGAAAUUUCCAUAUUACAGAACGUCCAGACCCAGGAUUUCUUCUCAAUUGGCCAGAUGCUUUCACCUGUCAUGGCAAUAGUGCUUCCAAAAUUACAAAUCCAUUCUGGAAUGAAUUGUCUGCUUCUAACCCAUUUUUGGAUGACAUAACUCAGCUAAGAAAUAACCAGAAGAGAGACAAUAUUUCCAUCUUGAAGGAAGAUCCUUUUCUCUUUUUUAGAGAAAUAGAAAUCGGAAAUUCUUUUGAUUCCUCUGGCGAUGAACUGGAUGUGCAUCAGUUGCUUAGGCAGUCUUCCCCACGGAAAGCUGGAAGAUCUAAAAGUGUUUCAGAACUUUUGGACAUUUUAGAUGACACAGCACAUGCCCAUCAGAAUAUACAUAACUCUGACCAGAUACUAGAACAAGACUUAGAAUGGCUUCAGAAUGACAGAGAGGCUUAUAAAAUGGCUUGGUUAAGUCAGCGCCAGCUGGCCCGUUCCUGCCUGGAUUUGAAUAUAAUUAAUCAGAGUCCUGGAUGGGCCCAAACACAAGUUGCAGAGACUGUGACAGUUUGUAAAUUAAGCCACCAAGGAGGAUCAGUACAAUUACCUGAAUCAGAUAUCACUGUUCAUGUACCCCAAGGCCAUGUAGCUGUGGGAGAAUUCCAAGAGGUAUCUCUAAGGGCUUUUCUUGAACCUCCACAAACGCUUAACCAUGAUCUUUCAUGCACCGUAAGCCCACUGUUGGAAAUCAUGUUAGGCAACCUUAACACAAUGGAAGCCAUUUUGCUGGAGAUGAAAAUAGGGGCUGAAGUGAGAAAGGAUCCUUUCAGCCAAGUCAUGACAGAAAUGGUAUGUUUACACAGCUUGGGUAAAGAAGGCCCUUUCAAAGUGUUAAACAACUGCUAUAUUUAUGAAGACAUUAUUCAAGUCAAGCUAAUAGACUUGAGCCAGGUGAUGUAUCUAGUGGUUGCUGCACAAAUUAAAGCUACUCAGUCACCAGCUGCCACCAUUUGGGAUUGUAUCCACAAAACCACGUCAGUUGGAAUUUAUGGGCCCAGAUAUAUUCAUCCCAGUUUCACUGCUAUUUUUAUAGUUUGUGGACACAGUUAUAUGCCAGGAAAGCUUACAAUCUCUGAUAUUAAGAAGGGUGGUAAAAACACAUCUCCGGUUGUGUUUCAGCUUUGGGGGAAGCAUUCAUUCUUCCUUGACAAGCCACAAGAUUUAAAUGUUUCUGUUUUUUCAUGUGAUCCUGAUUUUGAAGUGAAGGCAGAAGGAGAAAGGAAAGAAAUUAAACAAAAGCAGUUGCAAGCAGGUGAAGUAGUUAAUCAACAAUUUUUAUUUUCCUUAGUUGACUCCAGAGAAAUGCACUUGUUUGUUUUCCGUGUUCAGGUGGAGCCUCCCAAUGGUACAGCACUUACACAGUUCUUUAUCACUACACCUGAUCCAGCUCCUAGCCUAAAAAGGCUCUCAAAUCUGCCAGGUAAUUUGCAGGAAGAGAAGAAAAUCAGGUCUGCUCCAUUGUUACCAACUGUGUGUGUUAAAUAUCCCACAUUUCAGGACAAAAAAAUGAGCUUCACCAACUAUGGGGUAACCUUGAAGACAGUGCUAAGGCAAAAAAAGAUUGACUACUUACUUGAAUAUUUCAAAGGGGACACAGUAGCUCUUCUUGGAGAGGGUAAGGUAAAAGCUAUUGGGCAGUCCAAAGUGAAAGAAUGGUAUGUGGGAAUCUUGAGAGGUAAGGUUGGACUUAUACAUUGCAAAAAUAUCAAGGUGAUUGCCAAGGAACAAGUAAUAUCUAUGUCAGAUAAUGUCUUCACAACCAGAAAUCUUCUUGAACAAAUUACCCUACCCUUUAAAAAACUGACAUACAUCUACUCAGUUGUAUUGACCUUGGUGUCAGAAAAAGUUUACGAUUGGAAAGCUUUAGCCGAUGUCUUGGGUUACUCACAUCUGGCACUAGAAGAUUUUGAUCAAAUACAAGCAGACAAAGAAUCGGAAAAGGUUUCCUAUGUUGUAAAGAAGUUAAAGGAAGAUUGCCAUGCAGCUAGACACACCAGGAAGUUUCUUUAUGAACUUAUUGUGGCUCUGCUGAAGAUGGAUUGCCAAGGGUUAGUAGCACAGCUCAUCCAAGAGGCUGCUAUUCUGACAUCAGCUGUCAAACUUGGAAAAGGCUGGAGGGAACUAGCUGAAAAGUUAGUGCGACUCACAAAGCAACAGAUGGAGGCAUAUGAAAUUCCUCAUCGAGGAAAAGCUGGAGGUAUUGCUGUUGAGACAUCCCUUCCUCUGACCAGGAGCAGCAUGAAUGUGAGCUAAAAAUAGAAGCAGCACAAUGCAGCCAGCAGCUGUGGUGAGACUUUGCAUUUAAGUGGUUUUCAUACCAUUGGUUUCAGAGCACUUUCCUCACACAAAUUAACCUUUGAAGAAGUCCUGGAGGGUGAAUACUAUUUAUUCUCUCUUGUGCCUCAGUCCUUUGCAACAUAAAGCGCAUUUCUUGUGAAUUAACUCUGCUUUGCCUGCUUGAAGAUUCUUCCUUUCUUUCUGCUCUACACAUUUACCAUUUCUUGUUUCCUUGCAUGUUUUCUCCUUUCUCCACAGCUGGAGUUGGAGAGUGGGAGUGUCAGUUCUACAACUGUCACUACGCUUUAUGAUGACACUGUAUGCUCAAAAAAUAUAUUCAUUAACACCUACUGUGAGCAAGUAUGUCUAAGGCACUUUGGUGGAUAAAUAUAUAACCCUUAUUGUCUUAUCACAUCAGCCUCGGGAAAAUCAGGCAUGAAAGUAAUAACCAGAGGAAACAUUUGACUCCAAUCCUCAGUUUUGCUAACAUGAUUUUAAUGUCCCUGGUGUCCUCACCCUGUUUGGUUUCAGCUGUCUUCUAACGUGAAGGCCUCAUGAAUGGAAUCCUGAUUUAAGGACUCCAUAUACAUAACCUAAACAAAACCCUCUUAAAGGCAGUCUUCUACCAUCUUUUGCUGACAUAUCUUUGUCUUGCUGAUCCAGGGAGCUGGCCAUCUUGGCUCAAAAUCCUUUUCACAGUUAUACCAAAGUGUCUGAUUCCCGCAUGCUAAUAAGACUGCUGAAUCCCACAGUUCCUAAAGUGUGUAGACUGAAUUAGCUCAACUCUAGUCUUCAAAAAGGAGGAUGAUGGUCAGAUGUGGUCUCUGCCCUCAAGGAAUUUAUAAUCUAACCAUGCAUGCUGGUUAUGAUUAUAAAUUCUCAUGUAAUUCUUUCAUCCUGUAAAGGUUUAAGACUGGACACUUUAUAUAUAUUAAGUCACUCAGUUUCUGUGAUGACUGCUUAAGAGACCGGAAUUGUUCUGUUUCUCUUGCAGUUUUAUUGAGAUAUAAUUAAUGCAUAACAUUGUAUAAGUUUAAGAUGUACAGUGUGGUGAUCUCAUACAUAUAUAUAUUGAGAAAUUAUUGCCACAAGAAGUUCGUUAACACAUCUUUCGCCUCACAUAUUAUCCAUUUUGUUGUUUUUAGGGGAAAACCUUUAUAUCUCAUGUAAUUCUAUUGCCAGAUUUUGAUGGGUUGAUGAGUAGUAAGAUUGGCCCUAAAUUUCAGCAAGACCAAUACGGGAACGUGAUCUCUACCUUGUGAUUCUGACCUAGGCAAUGUUUCUUAAUAAUAUUACUAGUUAGCUCUUUUGAACGCUUACUAUGCAUCAGGCAUUGUUCUACAUGCUUUGCAUAUCUUUAGCCAUUUUAUCCCCAAAAUGACCAUAUUUCUUUUAUCACCUUAUUUUGAGAGAUAAAUUUCAGCUUUCGAGGUCACACAAGAGAAAAAGUAGCAGGAUUCAAACACAGAUGGUCUAAUUUGGCAACACACAGUUUAACUACAGUAGUCAACAACCACAGUUGGUGUUGCAUUUCUAGAACUGCAUUGUAUAUUCCUUGAAAUAUUAGUCCUUUAGAAAGAUGUUUAAAAAAGGGCAUUCUGUGGACAUAUGAAUUUGCAAAGUAUCACAUAUACCUUGUAUGGGAUUCAUGGCACAUUUUAAUAUGCUAAAAGCUUACCUAUAAAUCCUGCAGGAAAGAAAACAGUUUAGCCUGGUGUAGCAUGAUAUACCCAAAUGCUUUUGCCUGUGGAACAUUUUCAUCUUAUGGUUCUUUACCAUGCUCGUGAAAAAUCCUUCUGAAAAAUCUACCUUGAAAAAUAAUCUUGGGGGAAGGAAUAUAAGGAAAAAAAACGUUUCUGAAAAAGAUUCAGUGAUAAAAUGAGAUGAAUUUUCCUAUAAGUCAGGAGUUUGAGACAAAUUUCUUUGCUAUGUUUCAGUAAAACAUGAUUUAAAUAUUAGUGGACUGUAGUUUACAUUUAUCUUUACUUCUGCUCUCAUCUGCAAUUCAUCUUGUCUUUUUAAAAGUAUAAAAAUAUACUUGGUAUAUUUCAUGUGGGUCCUGUCUACACUGAGAAGGCAGAACUUUCUUUUCAUAUUUAUUUUAAUGUAAAAUGUUUAAAGAAGAAAAACAUACAUUUAGCAAAGGAUACAUAUCAUAUGUGUCAGCUAAAUUUCAGAAAGUGAACACGUGUGCCAUCAGCAUCUAGAUAAAAACACAGAGCAUUACUGGAACCCCAGAAGCUUCUUCUUCCAGUGACUACACACACUUACCAAGGGUAACAAUUAUCCUGACUUCUAUCUCUGUAAUUUGCUUUUGCUUGUUUGUUUACAGCGUCAUUGAGAUAUAAUUGACAUCUAUUAAACUGCACAUAUUCAACAUGUAUUUUUGACGACUUUUGACAUAUGUAUCAAACACAAUCAAGAUAAUGAAUAUAGCCACCAUUCUCCAAAUUUUCCUCCUGACCUUUGUGAUUCUCCCUCUCCAAGCAACCACUGGCCUGCUUUCUGUCACUGUAGAUUAGUUUGCAUCUUCUAGAAUUUUAUAUAAAUGGAAUCAUAUAUACAUAUCCUCUCUUUUUGAGGUGGGGUCUGGCUUAUUUCAGUCAGCAUAACUAUUUUGAGAUUCUUUCAUUUUGUUUUGUGCAUUAAUAGUUUGUUCCUUUUUAUUGUAUGGGUACACCACAACUUGUUUAUCUGUUCACCUGUUGAUGUACAGUAGAUUGUUUUUAGUUUUGAGGAAUUACAAGUGAAGUCUUCUUGAACAUUUGUGUACAAGGUUUUGUCUAGAAAGAUAUUUUAAUUUCUCUCUUGUCAAUAUCUAGGAGUGAUAUGGCUACAUUACAUAGUCAGUAUAAGUUUAACUUUUUAGGAGACUGUCAAACUGUUUUCUAAAGUGAAUAUACCAAAUUAUAUUCCCACUGGUAGAAUAUAGACUUCCAGAUGUUCCAUAUCCUCACCAACACUUGAUAUGAUCAGUUUUUCAUUUUAGCCUUUCUGGUGAGUAUGUACUGAUAUGGUAUUGAGGUUUUUGGUUUUCUUAACGGCAUCUCUUCAUGUUGUUUACUUGCCAUCUUUACAUCUGCUUUGCUGAAAUGUCUAAUCAAAUAUUUUGCCCUUUUGGAAUUGGUUUGUUUAUUUUCAUAUUAUUGACAAUUGAAAUUUAUUUCUCUGUUUUGAAUACAAGCUCUUAGUUAAAAAUCAGUUUUGUAAAUAUUUCCUUUAGCUUGCUUUUUCAUUUUGGUAAUAGUGUAUUUUGAAGAACAAAUGUUGUUUUUUUUUUCUUGAUGUAGUGUCAUUUAGGGCCUAUAAUAAAAUAUUGAUUAAUUUUUGUUUCUGGUGAGGCAGAAUCAGGCUGUACUGCCACCAAUGUCUAAGAUCCUUUUCCCUACUGAAUUGCCUUGGCUUCCUUGUCAAAAGUCAAAUGACUAUGUAUGUGUAGAUCGAUUUCUGGAUUUUUUAUUCUAUUCCAUUGAUCUAUUUGUCUAUUUUUAUACUAAUAUGACAUUGUCUUAAUUACUGUAGCUUCAGUUAUUCUUGAAAUCAGAUAUUGUACCUCCUCAAGUCUAUUAUUUUACAAAGUUGUUUUGACUAUUUGAGGUCCUUUCAUAUAUAUGUAAAUUUUAGCAUUGGCUUGUCAAUUUCUAAAAAAAAAGGAAAAUGGCUUCUGGGAUUUUGAUUGGGAUUGUACUGAAUCGAUAGAUCCACUCAUUCAUAUUUUUAUCCAUUUAUUCUUUUCCAUUGAAGUGUAUGGUGAAGGAAAAGUCUUAAACAUUCUUAAAGUUUUUAGGAAACUUAAGUUCAGGGGUGGAGAGAAUUUCUGUGAGAAGAAAGAAACUUUAAGAAAAAAGACCCAAGUUUGCUCUUUGACCACAUGCAGAUGGCUCAAACCAUACUAUUAAUAUCAUGAGUUACAGAGUUAUAUUAGUCUACUAAUUGACAGCAAAACUUACCAAUUGGUAUUGUAAACAUCUUAGUAAAAUCUUAACAUUUUUGCUUCUUCUAUAAAAUUCUACUAUAAAUAUUCUAGAAAUAUUAGGUCUUUAAGCACUUUCUCAAAUCUCCUACCCAACACGUAAACACACAUACACACACACACACACCCCAAACAAGCUGCUAUGGACUAAAUUUUGCCCUCUAUCCUACAAUUCAUAUAUUGACGCCUUAAGCCCCAAUGUUACUGUAUUUGGAGAAAGGGUCUUUGAAGGUAAUUAAAGUUAAAUGUGGUCUUAAGGGUAGGGCCCUAAACCAAUAGGACUGAUGGCCUUAUAGGAAAAGGAAGAGAGACAGGUCACUCUGUCUCUCAAAGUGCAUGCACAGGAGACGCCAUGAGAGCACACAGCUAGAAGGACCAUCUGCAAACCAGGAAGAGAGCUCUCACUAGAACCCAACCAUGCUGCACCCUGACCUCAGAGUUCCAGCCUCCAGAAUUAGGAAAAAAAACAAAUUUCUGUUCUUUUAACAGAACAGAAAUAUUUUGUUAUAGCAUUCUGUAUUUUGUUAUAGCAUUCUGAGUAGAAUAAUAUACAAGCCAAAUAUAAUCACAUUUUCUAUAGCUUUCGUUAUCAUAUAAUUGCUUCAUUUUCUGAAUGCAGUGAAUUUACUGAUUACUCUAGGAGAUUUAGGAUUUGUAGGUAGCCUGCUCUGGUGAUCUUGAUGUUUUCUCAUUGAUUUACUGCUGGGUGUACUCUUAUUACUACCAAAGGACCAUCAAACUGCAACUCAUUAAGCGGUUUAUUAAAUGACAUUUCUUCCCAGAGUAUGAAAAUAUGCAACCUCUCUUAAAAUGAGGUAUUAUUUUGUUAGUAUUUAGUAUACUAAAUGGCUGAAAGCUUUGGGCUUAAGAACUAGAAAAAAGAAGAUAGAAAAUUCUGUCAAUUAUGUUUUUUAAUUUGAUUUAGUUGUGUAUUUAUUUAUUAUUUUUAAAUGUUUAUUUUUGAGAGAAGAAGAGAGAGAGUACACACGAGAGGGGGUGGGGCAGAGAGAGAGGGAAACAGAGUAUCCAGAGCAGGCUCCAUGCUGUCAGCAGAGCCUGAUGAAGACCUUGAACCCAUGAAAGGUGAGAUCAUGACUUGAGCCAAAACCAAGAGUUGGACACUUAACCGAAUGAGCCACCCAGGUGCCCAGAUUUGAUUGUGUAUUUAGGUGUCUGAACUUCUGGCAGGCCUUUUAUGGGUGUUUCUAAUAUUUUUCAUUGUUUCUUUAUUCCUCAAAAUAUUUAGAAGCACAUUCAUUUUUAUGAGAGAGAGAAACAUGUAUGACUGGUCUCAUGGAAAUUGUUUAAAUACCACAUGCUAACUGAUUGUGCUAUUGGAGCUACUCAUGACAAUUCUUUCAUUUUCUUAAGAAGGCCUUUUAAAAUUCCUGGGUAAUUUGUCCAUGGAGUACUUUGAGAGUCUGAUGGUCCUAAAGAUGCCUGCUUUAUUAGUAAGAAGUAACUACAUUACACUCUUUCACUGGUAAAACAUCAAUCAAUGCACUCUAAAUAUUAGCUGGCUCUCCUUGCUCUCACUUCCCAGCAUACUCUUCAUAGAAACCAUGUUGAUGAGACAGCCAAGCUGAAAUGUGAUUUUGCAAAGAUAAGGGCACUUUUGUUUUCUGAAAAAUACAUUUAUAAAUGUUUGUGUUCAGCUGAAAGUCUAAAUUAACUUGAUUUUUUAAAAUACUACUGAUCUUUACAGAAAAUUGAAAAAAAUUUAAAAAGGAAAGCCAAAUCCUAAGGAUUCUAAAAAUGGUUACAUUUAGCUUAUUUCCUCUUUUUUUUUUUUUAGUGUUUUAUUCAUUUUUGAGAGAGAACUUA